CAAUUCGAUGGUGUCGUUACCUAAGCAACCAAACUCCUCCCCGGGUUGCCUAUCUUAUGUCUUGUCCAGACGUUCAGCGAUGCAGGUUUUCACUUAUUGAUGAGGGUAACAGUAGGGAAAUUGAAGCAUUAAAAUUAGUAGAAUACUAAUGCUCGGGUACUUGGUCAUAGCAUUACAUGAAAUACGUGCAGGGAGCAGAGCUGUCACGGACAUGCUCUGACAAUAAAGGCUAAAAUCUGGAGCUCUAUGGAACUGCUUCAAAACGUGAAUUAACCAGCACCUGAAGAACCACAUCGCAAAGAAGUGUUAGGUUCAGUCACAGCCUCCAGAAGUGCCUCAGGCCAAAGCAUGGAGGGAACACCAGAAGACCUAGAUGACGAGGCAGAGGCUGACGAGGAGAGGCCUUCCUCAGUGUUGUGGACGAAAUGUAUUCAGCAGAGUAUAUUUGUGGACAUAAGCGACGAUGACAGCCUGCAUUUCAGCGACCUGAAGCCAGGCUCUUUUGACAUCUGUCUCAAUCAAGACUCACCAGCGUCGGAGGCAAGCGUUAAAAUCAGAGAAAACACACAGCUGGCCAGUUCAGAUGAGGAGGAAGAGGAAGCUACAGAAGCUGGAGUCACUCCCAGUGGUGGAUCUGUGACUGGCAGCAGUAGCAUUAGAGACAGUGCAACACAUUUGUCCCAAACAUCAGGGCAAACACCUGUAAGCCUCAAGGGAAAGCAGAUGUGGAGGUAUAAUGAAGAUCCUGUGAACACCAGCGACGAAGACCAAGAGGAUCUUCCGUAUGAUGAUGACCUGGCCAAUCAGGGUGUUCUCAAUUAUGCUUGGAGAAAAACUUCAGAGAAAGAGGAGAGAAUAAUGGGCAACUCUAAAAAUACAGAUAAAAAAACAGCGACAGGUUUAAACUUGCGACAGACUGCCAUGGUGGUCAGUCAGUUGCCUAAUUCUGGGGUUGAUGCUGCUCUUGUAAAUGAUGGUGGUAAAGAACAGUCUACUGAUCAAAGACAGCCAGAAGAGGCGGUUCCCACAUCAAACCAACCUCAACAUGUAGGAAGCACUAUGAUCUCAGACCUCCUACUGCGCCACUUCACACGAGAGGAUUUGCUGAACGCCACUGAGCUCAUUGAGGCAGAGACUCUUCCUGAGGUGUCCUUGAUGGAGAGCUUGGACACUACUGUGGUGAGCAUGGUCUCUCAGCACAUCGCAUACCAUGGACCAUCUUUCUUUAGUCACAGGAAUGGAGGGAGAGACAGUAGCCAACGUGAAUCGGAAGUAAAGAGUGGAGGUGCCAGCCCAGUGGUGUCAAAGCGAGAGGAUGAGAAGUCACAUAGCAGCCAACUUGCCCUUGGGUCAGCGAGAGACUCUGAGUCAGAGGGCGAGCACUCCCCAGAGGUGAGCCAUAGAUCCAGCAGUGCCCAGCCAGCUAACGCAGAGGACUCCAUCCAGAGAUGCUCUUUAGUCAGGACGAGGUCCUUCAGUGAACUAAAGUACGGACAGGGACAGGCAUCCUGA